AUGUUUUCACCUUCUAUCUAUCUACUCUCUCUCCCGUCCGUCCUCGGACUAGCGCUCGCUGAUCAGGCAUGCCCGCGCAUCCCAGGCAUCCAAGUCUACGCGACCACGCCAAACGAAGGCCCAUCGGAAGGAAGAUUUACCUCCUGCGAAAACGGCUUCGACAGCCCCAAGGUGCUCGCCGGCAAUGCCUCCUCGUACGACUGGUGGUACUUCGACGCGAUUGGGACCGACGGCGUGUCAUCCCUAGCCGUUGCGUACUUCGUCGAAGCAAAUAAGUCCGGCUUCACCGUGACGGAGAACUUCACCAACCGGGAUUUCGUGCAGAUCUCCGGCACCUUCCCGAACGGGACCAGCUUCAGUGACUUCCUAUUCGCGGACAAUAAUGCGAUUGUGUCUGCCAUGGGCGACGGGUCCAGCGGGCUGUGGAAUGGAACCGGGGCCUCAUGGGCUGGGAGCCCAGAUCUGUCAGAAUAUCUCAUCACGCUCGACGCGGGACACCUGGGCUAUAAGGGGACUUUCUCGAUGCACUCUGUCGCCCCGCCGCACUAUCCAUGCAGCCCGAAACGCGCAAAUGAAACCAUGGAGGUUCUUCUCGGCGUGGGCUGGGCCAAUUCCAUUCCCGACGCCGACGUGACCGUCCAGAUGACCAUCCACGGCUCGACGUUGAGUUUCAUCGGAACCGGAUAUCAUGACAAGAACUGGGGCGUCAUCCCCUUCACCGACGCCGUCGGCGCCUGGUACUGGGGACACGCACGCAUGGGCCCCUACUCCCUCGUCUGGCUCGACUCGCUCACCCCCAGCGCGGACGAGCAUGCCAGCGGCUACGUCGCCUACCAAGGCCAGAUCCUGCACGCCGAAUGCAACAAGAUGAAGGUGCGUCCCACGGGGUCCAACGUGCAUUUCCCGCCCCAGGGGAAUGAUUCGCUCCCCGAAGGAUUCACUAUCGAGGUCGAUCUGGGUGGAGAGCUGGGUCUUUUGAAGGCGGAGCUUGCUUCGAACUUGGCUACGCUUGCGAAGCCGGGAUAUGGGCGCUGGAUUGGAACGGUUAAUGGGACUGUUGGUGGGCUUGACUACGAGGGUGUCGCGGGGUAUGAGAUGUUCAACUUCUUCUGA